AGAAACUAUGGGAUUUGUGUGUUGUGAUAGUUGCAAUACAAAACCUUAAUUGAUUGAUAUUCGGCGAUGAUUGUCCUGAGUUUGUAGUUUUAAACAUUUUUAUUGCCUUAUUUCGUUGAUACAUUUUCUGCCCACUUUAACGAAAUCGUUUAAAUCUAUUUUCUAGUGUCAAAAACUAAAAAUGAGAGAAAAAUAUCCCCAGUCGUGUACUGUUUUUGCUGGCAAUACCCCUCUAUUUCAAAAUCGGCAUUCAGUUAAACUAAAUUUUCGGAACUUUUUCUUAGGUUUUGCAUAUAUUUUACUGUUCAUUUUCCUAGUAUUAUCAAUUUUUCUGUGGGUAUCUUAUCCACAAAACAACAUAGGACCUUCUGUUUUAUUGGAUAGAGCUUCCCUUGAGCAUUUAACAGAAUAUGUUGUUCAUAGUGAUUCAUUGUCUUUUCCAUCUCAAAAGAAUUGCACAUACUACACAUGUUUUGAUGUUUAUAAAUGCAGCCACACACAUAGUGGGCGGAUAGGUGUCUAUUUGUAUCCUUUAGUUGAAUUUGUUGAUGAAGAUAAAGUACCGGUAACAAAGAAAAUAACAUUAGAGUUUCACAAUAUGUUGAAAGCUAUAAUCAAUAGUGUGUAUUUUACCCCUAAUCCUGACGAAGCAUGUCUGUUUAUUCCUACUAUUGAUUUACUAAAUCAAAACCGUAUUCGUCCUAAAGAUGUUGGGAAAGCUUUGGCUUCAUUACCAUAUUGGAAUGAAGGUCGGAAUCAUCUUAUAUUUAAUAUUCUCCCUGGAUCCAUGCCAGAGUAUUAUCCAUUUUUGGAGGUUGAUAUAGGAUAUGCAAUGGCGACUAGUGGUGGAUUCUCAUCUUUGACAUAUCGCCCUGGGUUUGAUGUCUCAAUCCCAGUGUUCAGUCCACUGGCAGCUGACCUAAAAGGCCAAAACACGGGAGGAGAUCGAAGGUGGCUAGUCAUUUCAUCGCAACCCAAUAUUCAUGAAGAUUUUCGUGAAGUUAUUUCGGAAAUGGCCGCCGAGCACCCUAGAUUUCUCGUGUUAAACGGCUGCACAUCUUACUCAUUGGACACCAAGAUUCGCUGUCGAGACAACGAGAUGUAUCGUUUCCCAGAGAUAUUACUGAAUGGCACUUUCUGUUUAAUGGUUCGUGGCGUUCGAUUGGGGCAACCUACGUUGAUGGAAUCUCUUGCUGCUGGUUGCAUCCCAGUGAUUGUCUCAGACUCGUACGUGCUUCCUUAUGUGGAGGUGAUUGAUUGGAAAAGAGCUGUUCUGCAGGUGUACCAAGGCGAUCUUAGCAAAGUAAUGGACGUGCUAAGUUGCGUGUCAUCCGACCGCAUCAGCGAAAUGCGUCGAAUGGGAACCUGGAUCUACACUCGAUAUUUCUCCUCUGUUGAACGAAUAACGCUUACAACGCUGCGCAUUGUUAACGAUCGCGUUUUCCCACAUGCAGGACGUUCUUAUUCUGAUUGGAACGAUCCUCCUCCUGAUCGACCUCCGUUGACGUCCAACACGUUUGCCCUGCCAAUCGGACCACCACGCUCGCAAGGGUUUACGGCAGUGGUACUUACUUACGAUCGCUUGGAAAGCUUAUUCCAUGUUUUGGAACGAAUUUCAGCAGCACCUAGUCUUGCGAAAAUUGUAAUUGUUUGGAACAAUCAGUUUAAGGAUCCUCCGUCCAUCUCGUCUUGGCCACGUCUUCCAAAACCACUUCAGAUUGUGCGUACCAAACGCAAUCAACUGAGCAAUCGCUUUUAUCCCUUUCCCGAAAUUGAGACGGAGGCUAUAUUGGCAAUGGAUGACGAUAUCAUUAUGCUUACUACUGACGAGCUAGAAUUCGGUUUUGAAGUCUGGCGUCAGUUCCCUGAUCGUAUCGUUGGCUUCCCAUCCCGUACGCAUGUUUGGGAUGGACGCAGCCAUGGUUGGAAGUAUGAAUCGGAAUGGACUAACAACGUUUCGAUGGUACUAACGGGUGCCGCGUUUUAUCACCGCGUUUACAACUAUUACUAUACCAGUGCUAUGCCUGGUGAUAUCAAAAACUGGGUUGACGACCAUAUGAAUUGUGAAGAUAUUGCGAUGAAUUUUCUUGUCGCAAAUUUAACAGGAAAAGCACCUAUUAAGGUAGCCCCUCGAAAGAAAUUCAAAUGUCCCGAAUGUGUCAACGCUGACUUAAUGUCUGUCGACCUCUCGGACAUGACUGCCCAUAUGACAGAACGAUCAGAAUGCAUAAAUCGUUUUGCCCACAUCUAUGGGGGACUUCCUCUUCGUAGCGUCGAAUUCCGAGCUGAUCCUGUUCUUUACAAAGACAAUUUGCCGGAUGCAUUCAAAAGAUUCAAUGAUGUUGGAAGCCUGUAAAAUAAUAGAAUUUUACCAUUUUGACGUAACUUUUUGAACUUCCUAGCGUUCUCCUAAUGUGCCAUAUUUUAACUAUUAUUUUUUUGUGAUUUUUGCCUUUUUAAAAUACAUGUCGUGUUCGAAUUU